GUCGACUAUAACUCCGAAGAGAAGGUUGGCAGCGGGGAAAAAAAGGCGGAGAACAAACGGCCGCGGCCAACAGAGGAAGAAAGGAGAAGAAGAUGGCGACGGUGAGCCUUGCCCCGGGGCUCUCUCGGAAACUGAAGAAGGUGCUUGCGACUCGGACAGACAGCCCUGAUCUACUGGAUUCGUUGGGCACCCUUUCUACCUUCUACACAGACAACACCCCGCAGGCUCGGAGGAACCUCCGCUCUUCGAUCGAGCUUCGCUCCCUCUCCAUCAACCAUCACUUUCUUUCUGCUUCUCUACCAGCCCAGCAGGCUCUGGAUAAAGUUGAAGAAGAAAUUAACGCCCUGGCCGAAUGCUGCGAUCAGAUAGCGAAGGCAUUGAGCAGCUGCAGUGCAAGUACUGGAGAUAUCAUUCGUACCACUGAGAGGCUAAAGCAAGAGCUUGAUGUCACUACUCAGCGCCAGGAAAUUGUGUCAUGCUUUCUUCGCGAUUACCAACUUUCCAAUGAAGAGAUUUCUGCACUAAGGGAUGAGGAACUGAAUGAUAAUUUUUUCAAGGCACUCCAGCAUGUUCAAGAAAUACAUGCUAACUGCAAGAUACUCUUAAGAACACAUCACCAGCGUGCUGGUUUGGAGCUUAUGGACAUGAUGUCUGUUUACCAAGAAGGUGCAUAUGAAAGACUAUGCAGGUAAAGCAUCCUUCGUAGUGUUAAAAUUGCUGAGUACUAGAAUGCUAUUAAUGCAGAAAAG